CCUAACAUAUGUUUUGUAGAAUUUGCAAAAAUUUUAACAAUAAGCUUAAGUCUAAACUGUAGUUAAGUAUUAAAUGCUACGUCGCACAAUGGCCGAGUUCGACAUUACUGCCGGCUUACAGCAUGUACUGAAACGGAUCGAGUCGGUGUUACAAAGUCGCCCUCAGGAAAUUAAUACACCGAAACCUCUGCUGGUGGCUGUUAGCAAAACAAAGCCCGUUGAGUGUAUUAUUGAGGCUUACAAUGCCGGCCAGCGUCAUUUUGGAGAGAACUAUGUACAGGAGCUAGUGGAGAAGAGUCAACACCCGGACAUUCUGGCCCAAUGUCCGGAUAUCAAAUGGCAUUUGAUUGGACAUCUGCAGAGUAACAAAAUCAACAAAGUGCUUAAGCUACCUAAUCUGUACAUGAUUCAAACGGUGGACAGCGAGAAGCUGGCCAAUGGAAUAGAUGCCGCCUGGGCAAAGCGACAGCCCGAGCCCACUGAGCCGCUGCGAGUGCUUGUGCAGGUCAACACCAGCGGAGAAGAUGUGAAGAGUGGCGUUGACGCCAGCGCUGCGCCGUCUCUUUAUCAGUAUAUCAGCGAUAAUCUGAAGCAUCUAAAGCCCUUGGGCAUUAUGACCAUUGGCGCUUAUGGUUUCGAUUAUAGCAAUGGACCCAAUCCGGACUUUGUAGCUUUGCUGCAGGUGCAACGGGAGAUUUGUAAGGCCAAUUCAUUGCCAGCCGAUGCGGUGCAAGUGUCCAUGGGCAUGUCGAACGACUAUGACCGAGCGAUCGAAAUGGGCAGCACUAUAGUGCGCGUUGGCACAGCUAUUUUCGGACAUAGGCCCAAGGCGAGCGAGUGAACAGCCAAAGGAAUGUGGCACAUACUAGAGAGCCAACGCUCUCUCUCACACUCUAUACAGAAUUUGAAUGGCUACGUUUAAUACAGCUGCUUCCCAAUGACGUCUAUGUCGACCAGGCUAGCAAAGCAUAGGAAUAUUUCGUUUAUUUACCAUAUAUUGAUAUAGACGCCAUAUACUUAAGUGUAAAGAAAUGUUAUAAACUAAGCAUAUACAAAUUUAAUUUGCCUUGUAAAUAGGUAUAUUUAGAAUAUCGGCGGAUAAACAAAUGUUAUGCGUAGGUUGCGCCUUUCCUGUUACCUUUAGCAAUUUUAUUAUAGUUGUAAUUAUGUUAUUUUCAUAUUUCAAGAUUGUUAUCUUUGCUUUCGGAAAUUGUAUUCUAAAACACGAUGGAUUUCAAUAUUAUUUUCGGUAUCCCUUGAAUAUCUGCACUAUUCUGCAUUAUUUUUAAUUUGGCAUAGAAGAAACUUAUUCAUCUUUUUCUUUCGCUUGGCUUGCAGCCAAUGCGUCGCCUGGUUACAUGCCAAAUUUUGAAACGCUUUGAAAUUUCGUUCAAAAUCACUUUCAAAAUAGCAA